AUGGCGGAACCAUCGCAGGCUCCGUCUCCGCCGAUUCCCCGGCGAGUCAACGCAGCCGUCAUCGGAGCCGGCCCAGCCGGCCUCGUGGCAGCUCGAGAGCUCCGCCGUGAGGGCCACAGCGUGACGGUGUUCGAGAAGGGAUCCCAAAUCGGUGGCACCUGGGUGUACACGCCCGAGUUCGAAUCCGUUGACCCGCUCGGCAUCGACCCGACCCGGCCCGUCGUCCACUCCAGCAUGUACGAGUCGCUCCGGACCAAUCUUCCCAGGGAGGUGAUGGGAUUCAUGGACUACCCCUUCGUCGCCGGCGGCGGCGGGGGCGGAGGCGUCGACGCCGACGGGAGGAGGUUCCCCGGUCACCGCGAGGUGCUGAGGUAUUUGGAGGAGUUCGCGAGGGAGUUUGGGAUCGGCGAGGGGAUCGUGAGGUUGGAGAGGGAGGUGGUGAAUGUUGCGCCGGUGGAGGACGGCAGUGGCCGGAGCUGGAAAGUGACGUCGGUUAAUAGUAAUAACAAGGAGGCGGAGGAGGAGAUGGAAGAGGAAGUCUUUGAUGCGGUGGUUGUGUGCAACGGCCAUCACUCCCAGCCUCGAAUUGCUGACUUCCCUGGCUUCAAGUCGUGGCCUGGAAAGCAAAUCCAUAGCCACAACUACCGCACACCUCAACCCUUCAAAGACCAAGUCGUGGUACUGAUAGGCCACGCCCCCAGCGGAGCUGACUUGUCCAUCAACAUAGCCGGAGUCGCCAAAGAGGUCCACGUUGCUUCCACAACAGUGGUUGAUCCUAACAACAACAACAUCAAUUACCCAUCCCAAAUCCACCCUACCUUUCCCAACAUCUGGAUUCAUCCCAUGGUAGAGAAAGCUUGUGGAGAUGGAAGUGUAGUCUUCGGAGACGGCGUGACUGUCUUCCCCGACAUCAUCAUCCACUGCACCGGCUACACGUUCCACUUCCCUUUCAUCACAAGGGAGGGAAUCGUGACGGUGGAGGACAGCAGCGUGAGGCCGUUGUACAAGCACGUUUUCCCGCCGGCAUGGGCUCCGGGGAUCUCCUUCGUCGGUCUCCCACACAGGACGCUCCUAUUCCCACUGUUCGAGCUCCAGAGCAAAUGGAUCAGCGGCGUUCUGUCGGGUCGGAUCUCGCUCCCGUCGGACGAGGAGAUGAUGAGGGACGUCAAUGACUUCUACUCCGCCAUCCAGGCUGCCGGUGUGCCGACGAGGCACACCCACAAUAUGCUUGCCACCGCUGCCUUGGAGGGCGACGACUACAGCGACUGGGUUGCAGCACAGUGCCAAUGUCUAGGCGUCGAGAGCUGGAGGCGAGGAAUGUAUCUAGCGUCACGUAGCAACGCUCAGGCUCGUCCCGAAACGUUUCGCGACGAAUGGGAAGACGAUGAGCUCGUCCUUCAGGCUCACCGCUAUUUCGCCAGUUUGAAACAAUAA